AUGGGCCCUGGCUGCCCCAUCAAGACCUUACAUCACUGCAACGGUACAUUCCCGCACAAGGAAUGGAACGAGAAGAGCAUUACACAUCUAUACCACCUCUACACAACUGAAGGUCUAAAACCCUUUCCAGACCUACAAGCAGAGUACGAACUUCCCUCGAACUUCAAGUUCGCUUACCUCCAAAUAAAAACGCUGCUCCCAGAAAACACG